AUAGCCACCCAAUAUAACAAAGCAAUUACGCUUCAAAUGGUUGCAUUUCCUUCAACAACCGGUUUUUUUUUUUUUGGGUGUCUCACUUUUUCGCUCACUGAUCACUCACCUUUUUAAUUUUUGCUUAUUCUAUUUCUUCUGUUGGUUUUUUAAUGAAGAAAUGAGAGACAGAAUGGAAAGAUUUGUUGUUCUUCCCUUCUCAGUUGGUUGUGUCUCUGAAUCAAGUGUGGCUGUAGCUGUGCAGCCACCUAGAAGAUCAAAGCCUGCAGAUACCAAUUCAACUGCAACAAGAAAACGAGAGGAAGACGAAGAAAGUUUAUCGAGUGAAAGCAUGAAGUAUUCAUUGAAAUUCCUACCUCUUCCAAAGCCUGACAUAUCAACUGGAUUUCAUAGGCUGUUCAAGAGUUUCAAGACUUUGUCACAAUUGUUUGCCUACAAGGAAGAGAUGGAAGACUCGGAGGAAGAUAUGGAAAUAGGAUUCCCAACAGAUGUAAAACAUGUGGCACACAUAGGAUUGGAUGAUUCUGCAUCUACCAGCACCAGCAUGGGCAGCUGGGACAAUCUUCUCUCUCCUCAACAGCUGUUCACUUUCCCCUCUGUUCCUUCGGGUCAGUGUGAACUCCCCAUGGAAACACAUGCAGCAGCUGGCUCGCCCCUUGUUCAUGCUUCUACUUAGACAAAAAAAAAAAAGCUUAAGAGAUCAUGAUUGUUUUACUGGUGAAACAAGAUUGUCUUUAUCAGAAUGGAUAAUAGUGGGUAUUGCUAAUGAUAAUUAGAUAUAUUUAAGUGUCAAAGAAAUGGUUAAAAUUGAAAUGAAAUUUUUUUCUUCCCUUGUUUGUUUUAUAGUUGUUACAAAGUUCCAUGAUUGGUGUAUAAAGAUUAUAAGUGAUAAGAGAAAUUUCACUGUUUUGUAAUUAUAUGGUAUUAGGAAAAAAAAUCAGCAUUAAUAUUUGAAAAUUAUGA